GCGUCCGUGGGCGAGCGGCCCCAUGAGCCGGCAGCUGGGCGUGCGGGGCUCGGAUGGGGAGGACGAGGAGGAGGAGGUGGAAGGGGGCAGGGGCGUCCCGGGGCAGCCCCGCCGGCAGGGGGAGCCCGAGGGGAAGCCGCCUUACUCCUACAUCGCGCUCAUCACCAUGGCCAUCCUGCAGAGCCCGCAGCAGAAGCUGCCGCUGAGCGGCAUCUGCGCCUUCAUCCGCGGCCGCUUCCCCUACUACCGGCGGCGCUUCCCCGCCUGGCAGAACAGCAUCCGCCACAACCUCUCGCUCAACGACUGCUUCGUCAAGCUGCCGCGGGAGCCGGGCAGCCCGGGCAAGGGCAGCUACUGGGGCCUGGACCCGGCCUCGCAGGGCAUGUUCGACAACGGCAGCUUCCUCCGCCGCAGGAAGCGCUUCAAGCGCCCCCCGCCGCCGCCGCCCGCCCCGGCCCCGGCCCCGCUCUGCCCGCCCUGCGCCCUGCUGCCCGCCGAGCCCCUGCGCUCCGGGCUCCCGCUGCACCCCGCCUGCCCCCUGCCGCGCCGCGCCCUGCAGCUGGGGGUGCUGCUGCUGCGCGAGCAGGAGGCGGCCGGGGCGCAGCAGGCGGCCGCUCCCCCCGGCCGCGGCUGCUCCUUCAGCAUCGAGAGCAUCCUGAUGGGCAGCGAGCCGGCCCCCAGCCCGCUGCCGCCGCCGGCCGCCGCCUGGCCUUGCGGGCCCCAGCUCCUGCCCCGCGCCCCCUGCCUGCUGCCCGCCGCCCUGCUCGGCCUGGCCUCGCCGUGGGACGCCGCCUGCUGCGCCCCGGGGGCCGGGAAGGGCGCCCGCCUCCUCCGGCCCAGCCCUGGGGCGGCGGCGGUGCUGGGCUGCCAGCCCGGGCCGGGCCCCGCCAGGCUGCUGCCCCUUGGAGCGGCUGCGGGGGGAUUGCCGGCCGCCUUCUAG